UCAAAUGGCGCCAAAGGCAACCAGAAAGAAAGCUCCCUCUACCGAUCCCGAUGGCAUUUUCGCCGGAAUCUUCGCUUUCUUGACUGAUAAGAGAGUACAGCCUCGUCGAUUACAGAUUUGGAAGCAGAAGCUGCUGCAAAUGGGUGCUACCAUUGAGGAGGCUCUAAACAAAAGGGUAACUCACGUGUUUGCAAUGAACUUAGAUGCGCUUCUCGAAGAAGUAAGCAGAGAACGCCUGGCACGCUUCAAGGGAAGUGUUCUACUCUAUCAAUGGCUAGAGGAUUGCUUGAGGUUAGGAGAAAAGGUAUCCGAAGAUCCAUACCAUCUGGAAGUGGAUGCAGAAGGGGAGAAUAUUGCAGACAAGUCAUUGACUUCUCAUUCAACCAAUAGAAUCAGUUCUAGUGAUGAUGAACCAUCACCUUCCAAAAAGAUAAGAUCAUCCUCAGAUGAUUCGAAGAAUUUGAAAGGAGAACAAAAUUCUGGAAAUGAUUCUCUACAUGAGGAAUCAAAUUCUAAAGGGGACCACCAUGGCUCUUUCCAUACUGAAGACCCUGCGAACAAUAGUUUGAAGCCCUAUGAUACUCCAAACAAGAAUUCAUCCCUGCCAUAUAGUCCACCAGAUUUAAACAGGAAUAUCACUGAUAUAUUUGGGAAACUUAUAAAUAUUUACAGAGCAUUGGGCGAUGAUCGGAGGUCAUUUAGCUAUCACAAAGCUAUUCCAGUUAUUGAGAAGUUGCCAUUUAAAAUAGAAAGUGUGGACCAGGUCAAACAUCUGCCAUCUAUUGGAAAAUCAAUGCAGGACCAUAUUCGGGAGAUAGUCAUGACUGGGAAGUUGUCCAAGUUAGAGCACUUCGAGGAGGAUGAAAAGGUGCGGACAAUUUCGUUAUUUGGGGAAGUCUGGGGUAUUGGUCCAGCCACAGCUGCAAAAUUAUAUGAGAAAGGGCAUCGUACAUUAGAUGAUCUAAAGAAAGAUGAUUCAUUAACAAAUUCACAGAAGAUAGGAUUAAAGUACUUUGAUGAUAUUAAUUCAAGGAUUCCACGCCAUGAGGUACAAGAAAUAGAAAAACUCCUACAGAAAGUUGCCGAAGAAAUUUUGCCUGGGGUGGUUAUUGUUUGUGGAGGGUCCUAUAGGCGUGGAAAAGCUUCCUGCGGGGAUAUGGACAUUAUAAUAACGCAUCCUGAUGGAAAAAGUCAUAAAGGUUUUCUGGCAAAAUUUGUGAAGUGUUUAAAGGAUAUGAAAUUUUUAAGAGAGGAUUUGAUUUUCAGUACCCAUAGUGAGGAGGGUACCAAUUCAGGUGUGGACACAUACUUUGGUCUUUGUACGUAUCCAGGACGGGAGCUACGCCAUCACAUAGAUUUCAAGGUAUAUCCAAGGGACAUAUAUGCUUUUGGACUCAUAGCAUGGACUGGCAAUGACGUAUUAAAUAGAAGGUACCUUCAAAGUUUUUUUUGCUUUUGAUCAGGGCCAAAAGAUGAAUAGACAUAUCUUAGUUUUGAAGUUCUCUUCCAGGGAUGAAAGUUAAGUCAGCGUCCUUAAAUUUCUGCACCAUUCUUGCAGAUUUUACCCUUACUUGUUUAUGGUAUCAACAGUUGAUGUUUGAAGAUGAAGAUAGCUUCUGUGCUUUCAUAAAACAAUUAGACUUAUGCUUAACAUUUUUUGAGGUGAAGAGAAUAUGUUAUAUUGCAUGGCAGUAUGCCUCAAAUUAUUGGAGAAUUGAUGUCCUGUUAAGUGCAAUUUAUUAGUUUGAUCUAUAUUGCAUGGACUUGGGAGGUAUUGGAUGCGUAUGCAUCCAAGUAUCAGGUUUGAUGAGG